AUGCGCCUCAUGGGUUUGGUGCACAACCACAAGGGAUUCCUCACCGUGGUCAGCCUCGUGGAGGGUUUCGCGGAGGAAAGGGCUAUCAUGACCGCAGAAAUCAUGGUCCAGAAGAUCGGCCGAAAUCAAAGCAUGCGAUACAGGGAUGUGCGCCAAAGUAACGAGAGCUUCUGGAAGUUUCCGGAAGAGGUGUUGAAAGGUGUAGUGGAAUACGAUCGCUUGGAAAGAGAAGGGAAAAAAAGAAAGGAGCGUGGUGAGAAUGUCGAAGUUCGUACGAAGUCAACACCAGAUCAGGCCACUGGUUCUGACGAUCAACAUGAAUAUGCGCUGAAAGAAGUUCCCACCGCUGGAGGUGCAGAGGAAGACAGCAACGAAUAUGAAGAGGUAGAAGUCACAGAUAGCGAGGAAGAUGGUCAACCUAAUAAACGACCGAAAACGGAUGAAGACUUUGCUCACCUACAGCCAAUGGAGUUCACGGAAGAGGAUUUCGAAUAUCAAUUGGCUGCCAUGGGAGACGACUAUGGGCUCGACCCCGGUGAAUACGGUGAGCCUGGAGAGGACUGGGAAGAGGGUGCUGAAGGACUACCGCUUACAGACGAGGACGCCACGGCUCUUUUCCGGGAUCUUCUUGACGACUAUCAUAUAAACCCAUUCUCCACGUGGGAGAGCGUCAUCGAACAGGGCCACAUUAUAGAUGACUCCCGCUACACUGUGCUCCCGAACAUGAAAGCUCGCCGGGAAGUGUGGUCAAAUUGGACCCGCGAUCGUAUCCAGGAACUCAAGGAGCGCAAAGAAAAACAACAAAAGGAGGAUCCCCGUAUUAAAUAUUUGGCAUUCCUUCAAGAGUACGCCACACCAAAGCUAUACUGGCCCGAAUUCAAGCGCAAGUAUAGGAAGGAACCUGAAAUGAGAGAUUCCAAGCUGUCCGAUAAAGAUAGAGAGAAAUUCUACCGGGAUCUAGUGUCGCGACUGAAGCAGCCUGAGAGCACCCGCAAGUCCGAGUUGUCGGCUUUGCUAAAGUCUGUGCCAUUGCAUGAACUGAACCGCUCAUCGAGCCUGGAGGCUCUUCCAUCAUCCAUUAUCACAGAUCUGAAAUAUAUCUCGCUGGUACCGAAAGUGCGCGACCCGCUCAUCGAGACUUACAUAUCGACGUUGCCUCCGGCUCCAGAGCAAGAGCACAUGACUGCUGAGCAGCGGGAGGAGCUAGAAAAGAAGAGGCUAGAGCGCGAAAAGCGCGAGAGAGCUUUGGCCGAACGCGAGAAAAAGGUACAAGAGGAGAAGCGAAGGCAGAGAGGCGAUGUUGUGCGCGGCAAACACCUCCUAAAAGAGGGGGAGGCAGAAGUUGAAGAGGCUAUGAGGUUUGGCAAGGCAGGGCUCCGAGGCUAUAUGGACACUGAUAGUGAUGUCGCUAAGGAGGAGGAAAGAGCGGAGGAUAAAUAA